AUGCCCAGCCCAAAGUCUGAAAAGGAGGUGCGAAGCUUCUUGGGUAGGCUCAACUACAUUGCUCGGUUCAUAUCUCAAUUAACCACCACCUGUGAACCCAUCUUCAAACUGUUGAGAAAGAAUAGCCCAGUGAAGUGGAAUGAAGAGUGCCAAGUGGCCUUUGAAAAAAUAAAGGAGUACCUCUUGAAUCCCCCAGUACUGGUACCACCAGUGCCCGGAAGGCCAUUGAUCUUGUACCUGGCAAUUUCAGAAAACUCCAUGGGUUGCUUGUUGGGCCAACAUGAUGAGACGGGGAGAAAAGAAAAAGCCAUUUAUUACCUUAGCAAAAAAUUCACGGAUUAUAAGUCCAGGAAAGUUAUAAAGGGUAGUGUCAUUGCAAAAUACUUGGAUGAAAGGGUCGUGGAGGAUUACCAACCUAUGGAGUUCGAAUUCCCAGACCAAGAUAUUGACUCCAUAACCCAAGGGGGAGAAGACCCUGAAGAAUGGAUGAUGUUGUUCGAUGGGGCAAUCAAUGUUUGGGGACAUGGAAUAGGUGCGGUGCUCAUAUCCCUGGAUGGGAAACAUUAUCCAGUGUACGGAAUCCCUGAAAGAAUAAUCACAGAUAAUGCCAAGAACCUGAACAACGCAGUAAUGACCAAGCUAUGCAAUCAGUUCAAGGUCAAGCACCACAUUUCAGCGCCAUAUAGACCACAAAUGAAUGAGGCGGUGGAAGCAGCCAACAAAAACAUUAAGAACAUCUUGGAGAAGAUGACAGAAACUUAUAGAAAUUGGCAUGACAAGCUUCCAUUCGCUCUGAUGGCUUAUCGGACUACAGCCAGAACCUUCACAGGUGCUACUCCCUUCUCUUUGGUGUACAUGAUGGAGGCAGUGGUCCUUGUAGAAGUUGAGAUCCCAUCUCUGAGAGUUCUGAACGAAGUAGAGUUGACUAAAGAAGAAUGGGUAUAA